CAUGCGUAAUCUCAGUUUAUAUUUAGGACAGCAACACAUGUCCGAACACAACACACUUCUAUAUCUGUUUCGGAUUCAACUCUGCUGUCUUUUUUUCAUCAAAUUAUUUAAUUUAUUUCGUUGUCAAAAUCUCAGAAUAAAACCAUCUAUAUUUCGACGAAUGUAUGUAUAAAGUCUUUCUUUUUCUUUGUCCUGAUUUAGUUUUCUUUUUUGAAUCGGUCUGAACUCGGACAAUUAAUCCGCCAUUUUCUCCUCGGUCUCUCUACUCGUCUCUUCAGUAUCGGAUCUGAGUCUCCUUCUCUUUCGUUCCAAGAUUAGUUUGCUUCUGGAGACGACGUGUUAGCUGUAAUUCAAUUAUUUACUUGCUUUGGCUAUUAAACGCGUCGUCACAAGCGCCAAUAUAAGACAAACUCAAACACAGAGACAUCUAGUUUGCAUAUGCGUGUCAUUUCAUCUCUAUCGGUAAUAGAUCUUGAUUAGAGAUUCAAGAGCUAAGAGAACAACGAUCCUUCUGUAAAGUGUGAAGCUGCGUUCUUUUUUUUUUUUGGUUCUGUUAUCUCGUUUUGAGUGGAUAAUGGGAAUGAGUCUCGAUUUUGAUGUCGAUCUUGAGAAAGGACUCGUCCACUGCGUCAAUGAAUCGCCGGAGAAGCCAUUGAUACCGACUUCUACAGAAAACAAACCGGUAAUAACCGGAGAAGAAACCGUCGGUUCGUUAGAAAACGACGCGACUCCGGUUCAGUCUGCGAAACCGGGAUGGGGAAGGAGCGAUCGGAAGGAGAACCGCAAGAAAUCAGCGUCGAAGCCUCCUCGUCCGCCGCGCGGACCGUCUCUAGACGCAGCGGACCGGAAACUGAUAAGAGAGAUCGCUGAAUUGGCGAUUCUGAAACGCGCGAGGGUCGAACGUAUGAGAGCUUUGAAGAAAUCGAGAGCGGCUAAAGCUGCGUCUGCGGCUUCUUCUUUCGGCAAUGUAUUUGCCACGCUUCUCACCGUUAUAUUCUUCUUCGUCCUCGUUUUGCAAGGAUUGUCACCGAGAGCAGCCGCUAGCUCCGGGAGAUCUCCGUUAGUAGAUACCGGAAAAGCUAAUGGUGGUUUUGUUUCGGUUCAAUAUGCGGGAACUCCGUCUGCGAGUGAACCGGAUGGUGGUUAUACCGGUCCGGGUUUAGCACAGAGAUUGCCGAAUUUACUAAAACCGGUUUCCGGUUUGAAAAGAAGAUGAAUAGAGAGAGUUUCACAAUGAAGCUUAAACCAAAGAACUGGAAUUGGACAAUUUCGUCACUGGUUCAUCAAACCAUUUGUCGGUUUAGAUUGUCGGUGGACCGUGUACUCGGACAGAUAAAUUUUGGGGGUAAAAUUGGCUGCUUUCUCGGCGGAUUAGUUUGUAAUGUUUUUUCCUAGAAAUAGUAUGAGAGAAGUUACAAAAGUAAAAUAAAAUCAGUGUUAUAUAUAUUUUUAUAUGUACUAAUAUAAUACAACUGGGAUUAUAUUAGUAGAUGAUUGUUGUGCU